GAGUACUUUGGUCGUAUUUGAGUUGGUUAAUGUGUGUUACUGUGUUUGAAAAAUGUCUGAAGAAUUGAAUGACAACGUUAAACAUUAUGCCAAACUGAAGGUGGCAGAACUGAAGAAGGAGCUAAAGGCACGGGGGCUGAACACAACGGGCAACAAGAAUGAGCUGGUGGAGCGGCUCAUCACAGCCACUGGUGGGGUGCCCGGCCCAGCCAUCUCUGGAAUUGAUGCGGAUGUCGAUGCAGAGGACAUCUUGGGCCACGACGAUGAAGACGAUGAUGUAGAUUCAGGUGGCGACGAGAUAGCCGGCGACGAAGAAGACGCGGUGCUCGGCCGGGAGGAGGAGGAGGAAGUCCUGAGCGGUGCCGGCGCACUGCCCGACGUGGUGGGGGCGGGGGCGGUGCCGGCGACGCCGGCCCCGGCUGCAGCCUCACCGGCAGGAGGGGAGCAGCCACAGGCCGCGCAGAAGCAGGAUGCGACACCCAGCUCGGGCACCCCGCGGCGCAUCGUCCUAAAGCGGCGCCCGUCCACUCCGCCCAACACGGGCAGCGGUGCGGGGGCGGAGGCCGCCGCGGCGACGUCGUCCACCGGCGGGGGCGUCAGCACCACUACAGGGGGCGGUGGUACAGUGGGGGCGGAGGACCGGCCCGGCAGUGCUGUGGGAUCCGCGAGCAAGAGAGUCCGCAUCACGGCACUCGGCCCUGCCGAGCGGAUGGAGAUCAGGAAACAGAAAUUUGGAGUUGUGUCUGACGAAGCGAAGAAGGAGAUACGGGCACUCAGGUUUGGAAUUGCUCCAAAGACACCGGACUCGGACGUUUUGAAGAAACGAGCAGAGCGCUUCGGUAUCACUCCUGAGACGGCUCCAAGUUCUGACGUGUUGAAGAAGCGGGCUGAGCGAUUCGGAACUACAGUCUCGAGUGCUCUGACAAAGGCCGAGCUGGAGGAGAAGAUGCGGAAGAGGCAGGAGCGCUUCGGCACGGUGACGGCGGAGCCCGCGAGCAGUGCAGCCGCUACGACGGCCAAGGCGAAGGCGACUGAUAUGACGGCGGCGGAGCGGAAGCGGCUGCGCGCCCUGCGCUUCCAGUCCGAGUGAGGCCGGCGUGCAGUGUAGCAGUGUAGGAGGACUUUCCCGUUCCACUUUGUAUUGUCUGUCAGCCGUGGGUCGUACAACGAACUCGCAAAAGUACCUGAUAGCGAGGAAUGCUGUGUGUGAUGAAAAAUUUAUUAUUGACUGUAUAAAUAAAUACAUUUCUAUUAUUUACCUAA